AUGGCGGAGAUUCCCCUUGCAUGCUACGACGAGGCACCAAACAGAAUUAUUCCACCAAAUCAGUUAUUCGCCGUCGAAUAUCCCGGAUACGUAAAAAACAUUGAUAAAGUUUUGCAAACUCUCGGAGGACAGAGGGGUUUGAAAAAGGCGGUAAACGAGGAUCUCAUGGAACUUCGAUUUAGACCCGGUGAUCCGUUCUGCCAUCCUAUCAACGGGGAUGUUAUUCCAACUUCAAAUCUCUUACUCAAGGUAACCUGGAAACGAAAAAAGCGUAAAAGCCGUUUCUCACAACAUAUCUCGGAUGAUCAGACUGGCAAUGAAGGCAUGGCCGAUUACCAAUUCGUUCCCAAUCCCAACGACACCAUUCCAAAAUACAGGAGGACACUAGAGAAUUUUGACGUUGACAACAUCAUGGAUUUUGAUUCGAUUAUGAGCGGUGAAAAUCCAGAGGAUAAUCUUCCGCCGCCGUCAUUCUCCCGCAUAGAGUGUCCCAUGGAAUAUGGAUAUCGUCAGAAUAUGGCGGUUGUAAAAGUUCUGAUUCAAAAGGGGGAUGGUCAGGUCAGGUACAAUGUGUCAAGCUUGUCACCUGCAUUCAACUUCUCACCUGUUCCAGAUGCACCACCGCCAGAUUCCGUCAGACAUAGACAUUUGGCGUCCCCCGAGAGCGUCUCCAGGAUACAAAAAGCAACCACUGAUUUACCUGAUCUUUCAGUUGUUCUCGGAGAGACCGAUAUGGACAAGGCUGGCGCUAUUGGGUUAUUGCCAUUGGUCUCUUACUGGAUGUUAAAUGGACCGUGGCGCGAUUGUUGGAUUCGUUAUGGAUAUGAUCCACGAAGAAACAAAGAGGCUAGGUUCUACCAGCUUCUUGACAUUCGGAACACGAGACGACCAACUAGACUAGACAGGGCGAAACGCCUCCUUCGUGUUCAAGGGGAAUCAACAACAGAUUUGUGCGGACUUCCUCAUAUGUCAGAUGAUGCCACCAAUUCGAUUCCUCGGAAGACACACAUUUUUGAUGGCCACACCACAAAGCGAGAUAUAGCGGUUUUCCAGAUGUGUGACAUAACGGAUCCUCUUUUAAAGAAUUUAAUAGAAUCGCCUGAUGCCGUGCAGGAAGAUUGUACGGAACGAGAUGGGCAUUACAAGCAAGAUGCAUUGCUGAAAAUGCGAAAGAUAAUGAGAAGGAAAUUUAAAGCAUUGAUUGAAGGUAAAACUUUGAAAGACGAAGAUUUCGAAGAUCUGCUACGCGAAGAUCAUUUGGGAAAUGACGAUGAUCAUGAAUGCGAGGAACCAAGUGAUACUGAAGGCGAAUUCGAGGAAGAUCCUCUUGAAGAUAGGGUUUCCGAUUUGAUGCGCAAUCUCCAACGUUCGCAGCAACAAUCCGUUGAGCAUGAAGAUGAGUUGGUGCAAGAUGAUGAAGGAAUUUUAUACGAACCAGAAGACCUAAAUGAUUACGAAGAUAUAUUUGGAGAUAACGACAGUGAUUAUAAUGACGAUGAGCUGGAUGACAUUCAAUGA